AUGUAUUUAUGAAUUGUAUUAAAAGAAAUGCCAAAAAAAAUCAAUAAAAAGCACAUACAUUCAUUUGAAAACACCCCACCACGGAUUUAUCGAAAACCACUGAUAAAAAGAAAAAAACGCCGAGACACGUCAAAAGAUUUGUCAAGGGGGACAACUUUUUAACCAAAAACUACUUCACCUCCUUUUACCCUCUGGCCUCAGGGUCUUCCCCUUGGAAAUUUUAAAUUACAAGGGGUACCGAGUAAUAGCUUGUUUGAAAGGUCUUUCGAAGUCCUUUAUUUUGACGUUUGUUUUUUUAAAACCGGUCGAUUGGUUUUCAAGAAAAUUAGAAAAAUCUUUAUUUUAAUUUGUUCCGAUAGAAAACAAAAACACACCAAAAUAUUACUUUUUAUUUCAAUGAGUGUUCAAAAUGUUGCCCGUUAGGGUUUGCCAAAUCUACAAUUCGUUCAUAAUUUAAAACGGAAACUACCGACAGAAAGAGAAAAUCAGAAGAUUAGACGUGGCAACAACCAAAUAACAACCCGAAUUUUUUGCAUCAACACAAAUAUCCUGGGCGAACUGUAUUCAUUGUUUUACCUGAUGAUACCUGAAAUUAUGAAAACCCGAACAUUGUGUUAAAUAGGUAUGACCAAAAUAUUUAAAAUCGAACACCAAAUUUAAAAGCAAGACAAUCUUGGGGUUCGGUGCAAUUAGGUACCAUCUCAAGGUAUAUUCAGGAAAUGUGAGAAUAUAUCCAUAUCAUUCACAUAGAAGAAGAAUGCCCCGCUUUUAAAUCAAUGUCAAGGUUUAUCUAUCAGGAUGUUAGCUUGAUCAGCACUAACUUGGUUCGACAAGAUUCCGAAUUUCGACUCCUGAAGUUGAUGCCCUUCACUUACAAGAAGGAAUCUCCAGGACCCCAACAACGGUUUCGUCCAAAAAAACCUUUGAGGAUAGGUCAUGGCCUCCCAACUCAUGCCUUAACAGUAAUGUGUCCAGUAGUGUACUUUAGUUCCAGAUAAACUUUGGUCACGACAUACCGAUAUUUGGGGGGUAUUUUUCAGCUAUUUUUAUCGACAAAUCCACCCCCCUACAAUAUCCUACCUCACCCCCCUUGAAAUGGCAGCCAUUUUUAUUUUUACGUUAACUGAGAACAUAAGAGUCACAUAAUGAUAAAUUUGGUGUUAUUUGAACGAUAACAUGUUGUUCUAGC